CCACAAUGCGUCACUCAGUGCGCAUGCGCAUCUGAACAGGAAGUGUGAACGGUUCCUCCACCAGCUGAGAGCGACUUGUCAACAGAGGAGCCUGCGACCGCCGCGGCUCCGAACCCGCAACCCAGGUAGAGCACGGAGAGCAGAGACGUCCCCAGCGAGACCCGACCACAGACGCUCUCUUGAAGCGACGUGAGCGACUUCCCAGACCCAUCCGUCUCCGGUCCAGGGAGGAGCCCCCCCCCCCCACCCCCACCCCCCGCUAUGAGCUCCAGAGGGAGCGGUGGCCGCACCAACGGCUCACUGCCCCAGACCAAGAUCUGCCAGUUCAAGCUGGUGCUGCUGGGGGACAUGGCCGUGGGCAAGUCCAGCCUGGUGCUGCGCUUCGUCAAGGGACAGUUUGACGAGUUCCAGGAGACGACCAUCGGAGCUGCUUUCCUGGCCCAGUCGGUGUGUCUCGAUGACACCACGGUGAAGUUCGAGAUCUGGGACACCGCGGGGCAGGAGCGAUACCACAGCCUGGCGCCCAUGUAUUACCGCGGAGCUCAGGCCGCCAUCGUCGUCUUUGACAUCACCAAGCCGGAUACGUUUGAGAGAGCCAAGGCCUGGGUGAAGGAGCUGCAGCGCCAGGCCAGUCCCAACAUCGUUAUCGCUCUGGCUGGGAACAAGGCGGACCUGGCAGAGAAGAGACUGGUGGAGUACGAGGAGGCUCAGACGUAUGCUGACGACACCGGCCUGCUCUUCAUGGAGACCUCGGCCAAGACGGCCAUGAACGUCAACGAGCUCUUCCUGGCCAUCGCAAAGAAGAUGCCAAAGACCGACACCCAGAACCCGACCCACGCAGCGCGGCACCGCGGCGUCAACCUCCAGGACCCCGACGCUCACUCCACCCGGGCCUGCUGCGGUGGGAACUAGACCUCCUCGACUCCCACCAGUACUCCCACCAUCCUCACCACCACAGCCCGUCAACCCUCCUGGCCCCGGGCCCGCGGCGGGGUAACCCAGUAUCUACACACCCACUCCCCCUCCAUUCAUCCUCCUGUCCGAGCAGACAGAUAGUUUAAAAAUGAGAGAAUGAGGCGCGGUGGUUCACAUCCGCCUCUCCUGAGCGACUCAGAUCAUCUGGUACCGACGAGGGCAGGUUUAGAGACGACUGAGACAGAGAAGUGCAAAAUAAAGAAUGUGGAAGACGGGGGCAAAGCCUGUUGUAGUAUUUAGCACCAAUAACCGUGAGUUUCCUUUUUGUUUCAGCCUUGUUUGAUUGUGUGAAAAUGCACAAACUGAGCAGCACACGCCAGCGAGUGGCUAAGACAGAAAAAAAAGGCGCAAGCGUCUGCUCCUCCUGAACCAAUCAGAUCCCCCUGUGAAUAACUCCACAUGUUGUAUAUGAAUGAGCCCAUGACUCCUAAACCCUCCGUGUCCUGUCUGGCGCCCCCUGGUGUCAGUGGUACCACCCAGGGCCUCGUCAGAUCAGACCUAUGGCACAGUUUAUCCAACAGAAGUUCAUUUGUGUGUAUUUGUUGUCCGGUGUUUUGACUUGACGACUUGUAGUGACGCUCCCGGUCCACUCACACUCCUUUAGUCCAUGUGAAGCAAAUGGUUACAAGUUUUUUUUUCUGGAGUUUGUGUUUUACAUCUGGAGAAGCAGCAGCAAGUUGUCGGGUCCGACUCGUUCACAACAACAGGAACAUGUGGGGAGCAUUCAGGCGAGGGGCGGAGCCUGUAGAGCAGCAGGAGACCCUAUUCUCCUGACAUUUUACUGCAGGAAAAGAUCCAGAAAAAUGUCCGGAGCAAAUGACCAGACAUUUUUAUUUCUCACAUUCAGGCCCUCUGGAUUAUUUCAGGAAAAUGUGCGGCCGUUCAAACCUGGUAUUAACAUCCGAUCACAAGGGGUCAGCGCUCAGUUCAGCACUGAGACGUGUCCUGAGUUGUGUUGUGCAUGUGGCCACAUUCUUCUCAGAGUGCAUGCACACACACACACGCACACUGAAGGACGUCCUCUGACCCACAUGUUUCACAAUGAACUAAACUAAUUAUUACGCUUUUCAGUGACAAUGCUUAAAUUAGAUCCUGAUCACCACCACGUAUCAACUGAACAGAACUUCUGUUUUUUAUUAAAUUGAUAAAAUGAGAUUCAUUAAGCUGCUCCUGACUCCUCUCUCCCCGACACACACACACACCUGUAAACUCAGACUACAUCCUUUGUGAACACGAGUGACGUACGUGCACGUAGAGCGGGGCAGUGAGACCCGAUCACCAGUGGUCACCUUAAUACCAGGUCUGAACAGAGCCAACGACACAUGUUUCAUGAAUAAACUAAUUCAGUUGCUCGAGUGCUGAUGAGGAAAGAUGUGAUCAUCGCAGGCUGCAGCUCUUAGAAACAAUAUAAACUUGAGUGAGUGUAGGAAGUCACAGGACUUUUGUUAAGUACAAGCAGGAAACCGAAAGCUGUGACUAAUCAUGUGUCUGUAGCAGAGAGAGAAUCCAUCAAACGCUUAAAGCUCCUGGUCUGAAUAAAGUAUUAAAUCUCAAUUAUGACAGUUAGUGAAAGUCCAGCUGAGACUAAAUCAAAUAUCACAUGUAUCUGCACAUCUAGUUUACGUUGUUCUUCAUCCGUCUCUUUUCCUCCAUGGUUUAACUGAUUCACUUAACUUAAUACAAUGCUCUUAAAACAGAGUGUGUGUGCUCGGUGGCCGUCUUAAAGCGUGGAUGAAGAAAAUGAAGAAAGACGUAGAAGAUUAAAACGCACAUACACAAGAAAAACAAAAAACAGAAGUGCCUAUUCCCAGUUUUCUUUCUCUGUGAAUCCUGUUUCUUUACGUGUGGAGCUUUGUAGGCAAAGUGCAGGAAAAACCAUCUCCACCAUCGGCUCGCAUCAUAAACCAGUAACCCGGCCCCCUGUCAUCAGGCUCUACUGUCACGGCUUUUUGUAUGGAUGUAAAGAUCUUGUUGAAUACACUGUAUGUUGUAUAUUAUUGUCUUAACUUUAAUGGAAGUGUACGUUGGCUUUCGAGCACACUUGUGAACCUGGAGUGUAUCGUCUGAAGGACUAAUAGAUGUAAGGAAUCUGAUUCAAACAAAUACUGGUGUUCAGGAAAAUGGUUUUGUUCCGCUUUAUUGUCAAAGUCAUGCAAAUUCUAAAACUUAAAAAAUGUUGCAAACUAAUUAAAAGUCUCAAAAUUGAAGGAAACAAAUAUUAUUCAAAAGAUAUCAUAAUUAGUUCGUCCCUCGAAAGACACUAAGUGCUCAUCAGCUCAUCACACACAAUAAAUACAUCUGUUCAUUCUUCAGCGAUCACAAGUACGUUCAGUGUUCUGUGCAAUUAUGACAAGUCGUUAAAAACAGGACUUGAUUUCUCAUCUGCACCUUCAGUAUGAUACGUGUUCAAUAAAGCUGUGAACGGCACUGUG